AUGAGAGUCAUCAUUGCACUUUCACUCGUUACAGGCCUUGCCACCGCGUUACCAGUUCCUCAGCUGUGGCUUCACAGCUCUUCCCCGGACGACAAGCUACAGAUCUCCAAGACCGCCCAUCGAAAGCGUCAAGUGAACUGGGACUAUAGCACGUAUUACGUCUCGGAUCCUUAUGCCACAUACUACAGCUACGGUACACCUAUAGGUCCUUCCAUCAACAUCUACGACUACUGCCUCACCGAAGAGGGAAAGAGAGUGUUCGCCCAAUGCUCUGGAGGCACUCGCCAAGAAACUCAUACAUCGGGGUACUUAACCGACACCGAAACGGAAUCAUUCGUAGCAUGGCACACCGGCGGUGAUCCGUUGAACAAAGACGGCUGGAAUCCAUUCCAACCCACCACAGCGACGGGUCGCGUCAACUCAGGAGGUUCUACCAGUCGGACAGGGACCACAGUCAAUCCGGGCACAAGAACAAGAACAGAUGUCGACAUCGACAGGAACACGAACACUGGCGGACGCACAAAUACCGGCGGAGGCGGUACUGUCAAUGUCAAUGGAAAGGACAAGAGUGCGGCUGGUACCAGUGGCAAAUCGGGCUGCUUGGAUCUCGGGAUUGCUACUCUGGGUACCAAUUGCUGA